AUGGAGGAAGGAAAUUUGGAAGAGAAUGAAGGGGAGGAGAUUCUUGAGGACACGAAUGGUGAUAUCACCAUAGAGGAAGAAAGGAUUGGAGGCUAUGAAUGUCCCAAAUUUAUUUUCUCGGCUGCGGAGAAGGAGAGGAUGCAAAGACCUUGGAGAAGAGGUGUUAUUGUGAAACUAUUAGGGAGAAGGAUAGGAUAUAAGACGCUUGAAAAUAGACUCAAUCAGAUGUGGGUGCGGCGUGGCGUUAUCAACAUUAUUGAACUGAGCAAUGAUUAUUAUCUUGUAGCUUUUUCUCAUGAAGAUGAUAAAAAGGCGGCGAUGGCAAAUGGACCUUGGUUCAUCUACGAUCAUUACUUGACAGUGAAAGAUUGGAAACCCAACUUCCAACCUGAAAGUGACACGAUUGAUGAGGUAGCUGUUUGGGUGCGUAUCACAGGUCUCCCUAUUGAAUAUUAUCGUCCCAAGGCUCUAACGAGUUUUGGCAAUCGAAUUGGGCGCACGAUAAAGAUUGAUAAAACCACUACGAAGCAGGAGAGAGGGAAAUAUGCUCGUAUUUGUGUCGCAGUUAACUUGUCUCAACCUCUCUUGGGAAUGUUCAGCAUAGGAGGUAGUAGUUAUAAUAUAGAAUAUGAGGGGAUGCAUUUGUUAUGCCUAGUCCGUGGUCGCUACGGCCAUUACAAAGAAGGAUGCAUGAAUCAAUCGAAUGAGAAGGAGAAGAUGGCAGCUGGGAGUGGUACUGAGGGGAGAAUGGUGAAUAACAAUGUGUGUGAAGUAGAAGUUGGACAGGGGCACGUGGAAGAGGCUAAUGGCCCUUGGAAGGUGGUGCAAAAUCAAAAAAGAGGAAAAAGGAUGAUUGAUGGCCAGAGAAACAUUCCUCCGAUGAGAAUUAAUGAUAAAAACGGGAAGGAUGGAUCUAGAUUUCUUGCUUUGGAAAUUAAUGAUCAGGAAUUAAAUGGUGAUGAUGAGAUAGUUAUUGGUGAUAAAGGUGGUGAUACUGAUAUUAUGGGGGAGGAUUUUAUGGCCCAGGGGGAUAAUAAUGGAAUUACCAGUAAUAAUAUGGUAAUCAUUAAUGAGACAGAUGGAGGUCAGGAUAAGGAGAAUAUUGGAAUUAAUAUGGCUACGCAAGUGGGUGAUUUAAAAAAUACCAAUACGAUGAGCUUGCAUGAUGCUAUUGGAGGAACGGAGAAAGAUGGGACACGGGAAAAUGGUUGA